AUGGCGAGUUAUUCUGACAUGAACGAAUUCAGCAUAGAACAGCUUAUGGCUCUCAAUAGUAUCAUAUACAGUGAUAACGAGAUUGAUGAAAGAGUAGAGAACAUCAUGGAGGACAAAACCUACAGGAUUGCACCUAGUGAUAAGGGCAAAGAUCCCCUUGAAGGAGAAAGACAAUUUGUAGAUGAAGUUGACCGUGAUAUGGAGGUAAAGAAACCAAGACGUCUUCCUUUGAACUAUAAGGGUAGAAGAGGAAUUAUGGCAACAUGGAAGUACUCUGA